GAAAUAUAUUCUUUAUAACCAGUAGCCAGGAUUCAAUGAAUCUAAGCAACUUCGUAAACGUUACUCUUUUACAGCAUCUGUUGGAACGAGGCUCAGUUAUUUUUGUCCCAUCUCAGACACGGAAAAAGAACCUUAGCUACUCUCUAUUUAGUAUAGAAUCAUGCUUUGGGUUUGUCCAAGCUCUACCGAUAUUGUACAAGGUCGCAUUUGUUAGAAACACAUGUCGGGUGCACAAUCUAUCUUAACCUCUUAUAAAGCCAUUAAAAUAAUAGGAUACUCCGAGCAAACGA